AUGCUUGCGGCUCGAUGCCGCAAGCAUCGCCGUCCCCUAGGGAACCGACUGGGCUUGCCCGCGUUGCGCAUGGCAAGACCGGACGAGGGUCCUUCAAUAACUGAUGGUCACUGUGACGGUGUCGGUAUAGCUCCCGGGAAUGACGUUGGCGAGCGACGGCAGGCGGCCGUAGAUCGUCAGGGACUGCGCGCUGCCCGUGCCGGUGCCGGCCGAGGUGCUGCUGCUGGACGUGCCGUCUCCCCAGACGGUGGAGCGGCCGGUGUCGGUGUAGAGCUGAUAGCCCAGCGUGUUGGAGCCGCUCUUCAUCGCGCGGGCGCUGAAGUUGGACGCGCCCCCGGCGUUGGCGCCGGCGUUCAGCGCCACCGUGUACGGCGUGGUGUUGGUGCACACGACGCUGAGCGUGGACGUCGCAUCCAGUGGCGUCGCGCUGGCCAGCGGGUCGAUGCUGGCACCGAAGUUCAGCGUCGUGCCGGACACCGUGCACGCACUGGUGAUGCUGGCCUGCACGGGGAAGGUGUUGCCGGUGUUGGCCGCCUGGGCCAGCGCAGGCACCAGCAGUGCGAGCAGGACGGGCAGCGUGUUGCGAAUCGCCUUCAUGGAGUCCCUGGAUGCGUGGAAUGUUCGCGCGAUCGCCGGCGCCGCCGCGACCGAUGGCUUCAAUUCGCUGAUCGCGUCCCGCAUCACGGCGGCACAACUCGUGGCGGGCGUCUCCGGCAACGUCGCCAACAGCGGCGGCGCCAGCUUCAAGCGCCUGCAGGGCGGCUUCUAUCCGGCCAGCUACGGCCUGUAUUCGUUCAGCACCGAUUCGGCCUUCUCGCUGUCGGUCAGCAACGCCGUCGCGGGGCUCACGUCGGUCAAUCUGCAGACCUUCAUCUCGGUCGACACCUCGCAGGGGGUCGACGGCCUGCUGCAGGCAGGCUACCUGCCCACGCUCAGCUACAACGGCGGCAGCCAGUCGCUGGCGCCGAUCUAUUCGAUGAGCUCGGUGUCGGGCGGCGUGGCGAUGGACGGCUCGCCGCUGUCGGCCUCGGCGACCAACCCCAACUACGGCCAGUUCGCGUGGGACCUGUCGAGCGUCGGCACGCCCAUCUCGUCCUUCUCGAUCACCUUCGGCCUGGACGCCCACUCCAACGCGCUGGCCUUCCAGCUCGACCAGGUGGCCGCCGUGCCUGA